GUACAUCAUACAUUUGUUGUGAAAUAGCUCUGGAAGGAGAAAGACUGCAUUUGUACGAUAACUAUUUUUCGUUAAUAAGUGCUUGUAGCAAUGAAGUUUUUAAUUUUAUGUUGUUUCGUAAAUUACGUUCUGUCUUCUGAAGAAAUUUCUCCUCGAAUCAUAAUUAUUGGUUCAGGUGCAUCAGGUAUUGCAGCAGCUACAAGACUUUUUCAAAAUGGAUUUAAUAAUAUUACCAUUCUUGAAGCUGAAAACCGGAUUGGGGGAAGAGUUUAUUCUGCUAAAAUGGGUGAAUAUUUAAUCGAUAUGGGAGCUCAGUGGGUGCAUGGCGAAAAAGAUAACGUUGCAUUUGAGUUAGCCUGGCCAUUAGGCCUUCUUCAAAGAUUUAGUGAAUAUGAACUCAAGGAAAGUCUGAAAAUAUUUGGAUCAUCAGGGAAAGUUAUACCCGAAAGUGUAGCAACCCCAUUGUCAAACUAUCUCUUUCACAAUGUUGUGGGCGUAUAUGAUGAUGUAGAGAAUUUGAAAACUGGCUCUUUCGGAGAAUAUGCAGAAAUGAAAUUGAAUGAAUAUUUCGAAAAUCAUCCAGAAAUUACUGCUUACGAACGAAAACCACUGCUUUAUUUCUUAAAUAUGUUAGAAAUUACAAAUGAUGCUGCCGCAAGUUGGCAUGAUAUCUCAGCAAAAGGUUUGAAGGAGUUUGAUAUUUGUGAAGGAGACCAAGGAAUCAAUUGGAGAAGGCGUACCUAUUCUACCAUUUUAGAUAUACUUAUGAAAAAAUAUCCAAAUCCCGAAGAAGAGCUUCCGGUGAAAAACAUCACCGAUCUAAAUACCAAAGUAUUUAAUAUACAUUACGAUGAAACGCCCGUAAAAGUGACAACUACUGAUGGAAGAGAACAUUUUGCUGAUCACGUAAUCUUUACGCCAUCUUUAGGCGUACUUCAAAAAAAUUACAAUCGAUUAUUUAGUCCAUCGCUGCCUGCCAAUAAACUUAAUGCAGUUAGAAAUCUUUCUUUCGGUCAUGCGGCUAAAAUAAUCGUGUACUACGUAAAUCCCUGGUGGUUGAAUGACCCAGUUUUCAUGAGGGGUAUUUACUGGACUGAAGAAGAUCGAAAAGAAAUUGAAAAUGACCCCCAAAAAAGAUGGAUGCUUGGAGUAUCUGUAGCGAGCCGAGUGGAACACAAAUCAAAGUUAAUUCUUUUUUGGGUAACUGGAUUUCACGUUGAUGAAAUGGAAGCUCUUCCGGAAACCAUAUUUCAAGAACAAGUAAAACAACUCAUCAGAAAAUUUUUCGGAAAAACCUACAGUCUUACUGAGCCUACUUUAAUUGUAAGGACUACUUGGAAUACUAAUGAAAACUUCCUUGGGACUUGGAGUUUUCGUGGAGUACAAGCCGAUGUUGCUAAUGCUCAUUUUGAAGACUAUGCGGAACCGAUUUUGCUAAAUGGCAAACCGGUACUGCAAUUUGCUGGCGAAGCUUCAACUCAUCAUUAUGGUACAGUUCAUGGAGCUAUUGAAUCGGGAUGGCGUGAAGCGGAUCGUUUAAUAGACUUUUAUAAUGCACCGCCACGGAUUAUAAUUGUCGGUUCAGGUGCAUCUGGUAUUGCAGCAGCUUCAAGGCUCCUUGAAAAUGGAUUUAAUAAUAUCACGAUUCUUGAAGCUGAAAACCGGGUGGGUGGAAGAAUUUAUUCUGUUCAGAUGGGCGAAUAUGUAGUCGACUUGGGAGGUCAAUGGGUGCAUGGCGAAAAAGAUAACGUUGCAUUCGAGUUAGCCUGGCCGUUAGGCCUUCUUCAAAAGUCUUCUGAUAGUGAACUCGUCUUAAAUGUAAAAAUAUUUGGAUCAUCAGGAGAAGUAAUUCCUGAAAGUAUAGCAACUCCAUUGUUUAAAUAUCUUAUUGAUGAUGUUGCGGACAUAUACGAUGAUAUCGAUAAUUUGAAAACUGGCUCGUUUGGAGAAUAUGCAGAAAUGAAAUUCAAUGAAUAUUUUAAAAAUCAUCCAGAAAUAACUGCUGAUAAACAUAAAUCACUGCUUCACUCAUUGAAUAUGAUGGAAAUGGCAAAUGACGCUGCUGUAAGUUGGCAUGAUGUCUCAGCAAAAGGUUUGAAGGAGUAUGGAACGUGUGAAGGAGAUCAAUCAAUCAAUUGGAGAAGACGUACAUAUUCUACUAUCAUAGAUAUACUGACGAAAAAAUAUCCAAAUCCAGAAGAAGAACUUCCGGUAAAAAAUAUCACCAAGCUUAAUACCAAAGUAUAUAACAUACAUUAUGAUGAAACUCCUAUAAAAGUGACAACCACUGAUGGAAGAGAACAUUUGGCUGAUCACGUAAUAUUUACCCCGUCAUUGGGCGUACUUCAAAAAAAUUAUAAUCGAUUAUUUAGUCCAUCGCUGCCUGCCAAUAAACUUAAUGCAAUUAGAAAUCUAUCCUUAGGACAUGUGGCUAAAAUAAUUAUUUACUACAAUAAUCCUUGGUGGUUAAAUGACCCAGUUCUCGUAAGGGGUAUUUACUGGACGGAAGAAGACAGAAAAGAAAUUGAAAAUGACCUCCAAAAAAGGUGGAUGCUGGGAGUAUCUUCAGGAAUUCGAGUGGAGCACAGAUCAAAGUUAAUUCUUUUUUGGGUAACUGGACCUUAUGUUCGUGAAAUGGAAACCCUCCCGGAAUGGACAUUUCAAAAACAAAUAAAACAAUUCAUCAGAAAAUUUUUUGGAAACACUUACAAUCUUACUGAGCCUACAAUAAUAAAACGGACCACUUGGAAUACUAAUGAAAACUUUCUUGGGACUUGGAGUUUCCGUGGGAUGCAGGCCGAUGCUGCUGAUGCUCAUUUUGAAGAUUAUGCUGAACCGAUCCUACUAAACGACAUACCGGUACUGCAAUUUGCUGGUGAAGCUUCAACAUAUCAUUCUAGUACAGUUCAUGGAGCUAUUGAAUCAGGGUGGCGAGAAGCGGAUCGUUUAAUAAACUUUUAUAAUCCAUCUCCACGGAUUAUAAUUGUCGGUUCAGGGGCAUCUGGUAUUGCAGCAGCUACAAGACUUCUUCAGAAUGGAUUCAGUAAUAUUAUUAUUUUUGAAGCGGAAAAUCGAAUAGGCGGGAGAAUUCAUUCCAUAAAAAUUGGUGAAUAUUUAAUAGACAUCGGAGCUGAGUGGGUCCAUGGGGAAAAAGAUAAUGUUGCAUUUGAAUUGGCAACCCCGUUCGGGUUACUACAGCGAUCUACUGAGAACAAUGAAUUCUAUUUAACAUCAAAAAUAUUUGGAUCCUCUGGGGAUCAAAUACCCGAAAAAGUAGUGACUCAAUUAUUUAGACAUCUCAAUGUCGUAAUUGAAUCGGUAGGCGACGCUAUUCAUAGUUUGAAAACUGGUUCGCUUGGCGAAUAUACAGUAAAGAAGCUUAAUGAAUAUUUCGAAAAUCAUCCAGAAAUAUCUGCUGAUAAACGUAAACCACUGCUUCACUUAUUAAAUUUGAUGCAAAUGACUUACGAUGGCGGAGAAAAUUGGUUUGAAUUAUCAGCAGAAGGUACAAGAGAUUAUUUAGAGUGCGAAGGAGAUCAAGCAAACAAUUGGAAGCAACGUACUUACGCUACUAUUUUAGAUAUUCUUAUGAAAAAAUAUCCAAAUCCAGAAGAAGAACUUUCAGUGAAGUUUAUAACUAAAUUGAAUACCAAAGUAUCUAAAAUAAAAUACGAUAAAACUCUCGUAAAAGUAACAACAAGUAAUCGACAAUCAUAUUUUGCUGAUCAUGUGAUCUUCACACCGUCUUUAGGCGUACUUCAAAAAAAUUACAAUAAGUUAUUCAGCCCACCGUUACCUGAGAAAAAACUAAAUGCCAUUAAAAAUCUUUCAUUCGGGCGUGUGGCUAAAAUAAUUGUCUACUACGAAAAUCCUUGGUGGUUAGACGACCCAGUUUACGUACGAGCUUUUUAUUGGACGGAAGAAGAUAAAAAGAAAAUUGAAGAUGAUCCCCCUAAAAAAUGGAUGCUUGGAGUGUCACUAGGAAUGCGAGUGGAACAUAGACCAAAGCUUCUUCUUUUUUGGGUGACCGGACGUUAUGUACGUCAUAUGGAACUGACUCCCGAAGUUUUCUUUCAAGAACAAGUGAAAGAACUUAUAACUAAAUUUUUCGGAAAAGCUUACAAUCUUACAGAAGAACCUACUAUAAUAAAACGGAGUCUUUGGGUGACCAAUGAAAACUUUCUCGGGACUUACAGUUAUCGCGGAGUACAAGCUGAUAUAGCUGAUGCUCACAUUGAAGAUUAUGCAGAACCAAUCAUUCAAAAUGAUAAACCUGUACUGCAGUUUGCUGGUGAAGCUACAGCUCCUCAUUAUUCUACAGUUCAUGGAGCUAUUGAAUCAGGGUGGCGAGAGGCUGAUCGUAUAAUAAAUUAUUACAAUUAAAACAGUUAAUUCAUUGAUAAAAAAGUUACUAAUUAAAAAAAAAAAAUAAAUAAACAACGUACCCAAAGUUUUACAUUUUUUUGAUACAAUUAUCAACCAAUAAAUUGUGAGCCAUAUACUUGAAAUUAAUAGAAGACGUCGAAGCCAUAAAAAAAUAAUUUUCAACGAAAGCAUUUCGCAUUUAAAAAAAAAAUGUGUUGAAUUUCAAACUGAUAAAUGCACGACCUUGAUGCUUAGUUAUCAUGACAGUUAAAAACUAUGAUCUAUUUUUACAUGACAUCUUAUCGUAAAAAAAAAAUGUUAUACUUUUAAGUCGAAAUAAUGUCGAUCUAUUUUUUUUUUUUUUAUUUUUAAGUUUAAAGAAAUUGCAUAAAUUAAAAUUUUUUUUGCAAGUAUAAAUGAGAUCAAAAUAUUAUAAUUGCUUGUACAUAGACUGUAUUGUAAAGAAAUAUUGCAUUAUCGCAUGUC